CUAUUACACUAAGUUCGCUGAAGCAGUUUAAAGAUUCUGUGUGAAUUAUAAGUGAUAAUGGAAUUUGUAUUACUUAUUACAUUUGCUGUAGCUACUUAUAUGUGUUUCCCUUAAUUGGGAUUAUCUGUUUACGACUCUACAAUGUAAUCAAUACAAUAAAUAAUGUUGUGAAGUCUCUUACAGUAUUCAAAGCUAGGAUAUUGUUGAUUUCAGCAUAUGCUUGAUUGUUGGUGCACUCUGAAGUUACUGAUGAGAAUGACCAACGUCGAUAUCAAGUAUUACGAUGUUGCCAACAGUUAUGGAGAAAUCUGACCAAAAAAGAACUAAAAUACGAUGCCGGACAAAGUAUCAUUCUAAAUUCGUUCAUGCGGAGCAUUUUCCAAGGGUUCUAUACGGAUAUGCUUACUUUCCUGUAAAAUGGAGUUUUCUGUUUCAGUUGCCCGGAUCGUCGCCCGAAGCAGGUGAUGGAACGCUACGAAAAGGUAUCGAAGAUCGGAGAGGGUUCUUACGGAGUGGUGUUCAAAUGCAGGAGCAGGGAGACGGGUCAGCUAGUGGCUAUUAAAAAAUAUGUUGAGACCGAGGACGACCCACUCAUUAAGAAGAUAGCCCUGAGGGAGAUUCGGAUGCUAAAGCAACUGAAGCAUCCCAAUUUGGUGAAUCUUAUUGAGGUAUUCAGAAGAAAACGGAAACUGCACCUCGUUUUUGAAUAUUGCGAUCACACUGUUCUAGAUAUUCUUGAAAAACAUCCGAAAGGAGUUCCCGAAAUGCUCACGAAACGGAUAUUAUGGCAAACAAUCCAAGCUAUCAACUUCUGCCAUCAACAUAAUUGUAUCCAUCGUGAUGUGAAACCUGAAAAUAUCCUUUUGACAAAGGAAGGAAUAGUCAAGCUGUGUGAUUUUGGUUUUGCGAGAAAUCUCAGUCCUGGUGAAAACUACACAGAUUACGUAGCUACCCGUUGGUAUCGAGCACCAGAACUGCUAGUAGGGGAUACUCAUUACGGACCUGCUGUCGAUGUCUGGGCUAUUGGUUGCGUUGCUGCGGAACUCAUUCGAGGAGAGGCACUGUGGCCCGGAAAAUCAGAUGUCGAUCAACUAUACCUCAUAAGAAGAACACUAGGAGAACUUAUUCCAAGGCAUAUGCAGAUUUUCAAGAAAAAUGACUUCUUCAGUGGCGUAACGAUACCCGAUGUAGACGUAAAGGAAACACUGGAAAGUAAACUUCCUGAGAAUAUAUCGGAAGAGGAAUUAGAUUUUCUAAAGAAAUGCCUGGAUAAAGAUCCUGAUAAGCGAUAUACGUGCGAACAGCUCUUCCACCAUCCGUACUUUGAGGGCUUUGGUAAAUCCGAUUUCGACAACGAUGUAUUAUCUACAAGGCUAAGAAAAGAUAAGCUAAAGAGUGGUCAUUAUCAGAUGUUGCUACCACAGCUUUCCACGAAUUCUUUAGGAUCCACAAUGGAUGUUCGAUCAAGUCACCCUCGCUCCAUGAAAAAAUACGAUCCUCUUCCUAACAUCUGACACUGUGACGGAGGUGGAGAGACAAUUUGUACAAAAUUACACAAGAAGAAAAAUCUUGAUGUUUGGCACAUGUAUUAUAAUAAAUAAAUUGCUAAUACCAUA